UCUACGAUGGCAAAUUGUCGAAUGCCAUCGUCUUCAUGUACAAUCCAGUGGCAACCGAUGGUCAACUGUGCUUACAAUCCGCACCCAAAGGAAAUGUUUCAUAUUUUGUCCAUACACCGCAUGCACUUAUGUUACAGGACGUUAAAGCUGUAGUCACACACUCAAUACAUUGUACACUAAAUUCCAUUGGUGGCAUACAGGUACUCUUUCCAUUAUUCUCGCAACUGGAUAUGGCGCAUGAGGGCAUUAGCGAUAUAAAACGUGAUCCAACGCUGUGUUCCAAACUUUUGGGUUUCAUUUGCGAAUUAGUCGAGACGUCACAAACCGUACAACAACAUAUGAUACAGAAUCGUGGAUUCCUAGUCAUUUCGUUUAUGCUACAACGUUCGUCGCGCGAACACUUAACUUUAGAAGUUUUGGGUUCAUUCUUAAAUUUAACCAAAUAUUUGGUGACAUGUCUAUCGGCGAAUAGUGACUUAUUAUUAAAGCAGCUGUUCUGUUUCUCGUUUCUGACGUGGCAGCUGCUCGAUCAUGUGCUGUUCAAUCCGUCGCUUUGGAUUUACACGCCAGCCAAUGUGCAGGCGCGCCUGUACUCAUACUUGGCUACGGAAUUCCUCAGCGAUACGCAAAUCUACAGCAAUGUGCGCCGUGUAAGCACUGUUUUACAGACAGUGCACACACUUAAAUACUACUAUUGGGUUGUGAAUCCGCGUGCGAAAAGUGGCAUCAUACCAAAGGGAUUGGAUGGUCCACGUCCAGCACAAAAGGAUAUCCUAGCGAUACGCGCUUAUAUUUUAUUGUUUCUGAAACAAUUGAUUAUGAUCGGUAAUGGUGUCAAAGAAGAUGAAUUGCAAAGCAUUCUAAAUUAUUUGACGACCAUGCAUGAGGAUGAAAAUCUUCAUGAUGUUUUACAAAUGUUAAUUUCGCUUAUGUCUGAGCAUCCCAGCUCCAUGGUACCUGCUUUCGAUGUGAAACAUGGCGUUCGUAGCAUUUUCAAAUUAUUAGCUGCUGAAAGUCAAUUGAUACGCUUGCAAGCAUUGAAAUUGCUUGGAUUCUUUUUAUCUCGCAGCACACACAAGUAUAACAGACGAAAAUAUGACGUAAUGUCGCCGCAUAACCUAUACACACUACUAGCGGAACGUUUAUUACUCUACGAGGAGUCGCUAUCCCUGCCAACCUAUAAUGUUCUCUACGAAAUAAUGACAGAGCAUAUAUCACAGCAAAUUCUAUAUACCAGACAUCCAGAACCAGAGAGUCAUUAUCGUUUGGAAAAUCCAAUGAUCCUCAAAGUCGUCGCCACGCUCAUACGUCAAUCCAAGCAAACCGAAUCGCUAAUCGAAGUAAAGAAGCUCUUCCUCUCCGACAUGACGCUGCUUUGCAAUAGCAAUCGUGAGAACCGACGCACUGUACUACAGAUGUCCGUUUGGCAAGAGUGGCUUAUAGCUAUGGCUUACAUACAUCCAAAGAAUACAGAGGAGCAGAAAAUCUCCGAUAUGGUGUACUCACUCUUCCGUAUGCUCUUGCAUCACGCCAUCAAACAUGAGUACGGUGGAUGGCGUGUGUGGGUCGACACACUAGCCAUCGUGCACUCGAAAGUCUCCUACGAAGAGUUCAAAUUGCAAUUCGCGCAAAUGUACGAACAUUACGAACGUCAACGUACGGACAAUAUUACCGAUCCGGCGUUGCGACAAGCGCGUCCCAUCAGCACGAUCAGUGGUUGGGAACGUGAGGAGCAGCAGCAGCAGCAACAUCAUCAACACCAUCAACAACCGCAACAACAGCUAGAGCAUACGCAUGCGCAUCAUCAGCAGGCGGCACUGCCAGCGCCUGCGGCACAAGACGCACAUUUAAAAGACGCUGAGUCGGUGGGUUCACUCGAAGAUGUACCUCCUGUGGAGGAGGAAAUCGAGGGCGACGAAAUCGAGGCGACAACGCAGGAAGAGACCCCUACAAGUGGCACGACUGAGCCAACGACUUGUGGCUGCUCGCCAGACGAGAAAGCAACCGAUACAGAAGUGGUAAAGGAGGCGUCUGUUGUGGCGAAUGCAACCGAAGACCCAGCAAAGUCGAAAAUAUCCAACAUAUCCGAUGUAUACAAUGAACACAUUAAAUCGGAAGUGAUAGUCACCAGCAUAGUCGAGUCGCCGGAGGUUGCCGUGACCUGCAACGGUAGUGCUUCGUGCUCGUCGACGGCCGCAAGCACCAGCAGUACACCAGCCAAGUCGCCGGCGCCUAAUGGCGGUCAAGAAGCAUUGUCACAAGCCCUCAACCUCAAGCCGGAGGAUUUGGAAGAAAUUGAGUUGGCCACUGCAAAGAUCGCAGCUGGCACGUCCGACGAUACCGAGCAUGUGGCACAAGUGCUGCAAAGCUCCGAAGAGGCGCUACAACACUGCAAAGUGGUUGCCGACGAAAUGCAGGAAGCUUCUUCUGUGCUCAAAGAUGAAGAGAUUGAAUUGGCAGUGAAUGAAGUAGUGCAAGGUGUGCUCAAGAAUGAGAAGAAGCAGGCGACAAAAGAACCGUCCACCGAUGAGAAUCUCAUUGCCAGCAAUGAAGCAAACACGGCCGACCAGGACAAUGUCUCAUUGCUAAAUACAAAGAACUUGUUAAACAACAAUGCUGACGAGGUCGAGACGACAACAAGUAGCAGCAUUGACAAUAACACAAAAGAUGUCAAAGAAGUAAAUGCGAACAGUGAUGCCAACGAGAAUGUAAACAUUAAAACCCACACAACAAACCACGCCGUGGCGAACUUAUUCAACCCGGCGACUGCUAUUGAGACGCAACAAAAGACUGAAGACAACAAAAUCAAAGAAAAUAACUUAAUUAACAACAACACAAAUACUGCCGAGCCCGCUGAGGUCGAGCAUAUUGCCUCAAAAUUGGCAAUUGUUGUUGCCAAAGAACACGAACACGAGCUAAUGGAUGUGAGCUCUUCGCUUUCGACCACAGUUGAGACCACGGAGGAGAUCUCCUCACUCAGUCCCGAAACAACAGUUUCAAGUGCAUCCAUUACCGAGGAGAAUUUGCUCGCCUUAACCGAUCCAACGCCGGUAGACAGCGAAAGCAUUCAAGUCGAGGCAAUAGCGAAGGAUAUCGUCGAUAAAUUGAUAGACAAGGUGAUAGACGCGACUGCUGCGGAAGAUACGGCGAGUAAAGAGACAAACAACAAUGAAAUCGUGGGCAAGGCGGAGGAUGAUGUGAGUGAAGCGGCUGUCUCGGAAGCGGCCAAAGAAAUUGUGGAAGAUGUGCUAACGUCUGCGCUGCAAAAAGCUGUCGACACAGAAGAGACAGCGGCUGAGGAGAGCAUACUGCUUGAAGAAAGUGCACCAAAAGUAGAGACUACAAAGGAAAGUAUUACGGACAUUGUGCAAACAGUUGUGGAUGAUUUGCUAGAAAAAACAGUGGAUAGCAUAGAAAAAGUGGAAAAGCCUGCAGCCUCAUCCGCUGAGACAACAGCGGAAGCAGAAGUGUCAGAAACGUUAUUAGCGUCCGCAGAAAUAGCAAAGGAAACAUCAAACCCAUUAGCGGCCGCAGCACUUCCAGCGGUUAAAGAGGUGGACUCAACAACACAAACGACACCAAAGAACCAACCGAAUGAGAGUAGCGUUGUUAGCUUGGAUGCGGAUGUGGAAGUGGAGGAGGAGUUGGUUGAGCAAACUGAGGAGGAGACACAAACGACGCACGAAGAAUUACAAGGCGAAGGUAUUCUUGAUGUGGAUGAGCGGCAGCCAAAGCAUACAACCGCCAGCACACAAGUAGAGAAUAAUCAUUUUGAUAACAAAAAUCCACAUCAGCAACAUCAGCAGCAGCAACAACAACAACAACAACAACAGCAACAGCAACGUUCCAAACCAGGCUCAACGCGUCCCAUGUUCAGUCCCGGCCCAACACGUCCACCCUUUCGCAUACCGGAAUUCAAGUGGUCCUACAUACAUCAACGUCUCCUAUCCGAUGUGCUCUUCUCACUGGAGACAGACAUACAAGUGUGGCGCAGCCACUCGACGAAAAGUGUUUUGGAUUUUGUAAAUUCGAGUGAGAAUGCCAUCUUUGUGGUGAAUACAGUGCAUCUGAUAUCGCAGUUGGCGGAUAAUUUGAUCAUCGCUUGUGGCGGUUUGCUGCCACUCUUGGCAAGCGCCACAUCGCCAAAUUCUGAACUGGAUGUGCUGGAGCCCACUCAGGGUAUGCCACUCGAGGUGGCCGUCUCCUUUCUGCAACGUCUCGUCAAUAUGGCGGAUGUGCUAAUCUUUGCUACUUCGUUGAAUUUCGGCGAACUCGAAGCGGAGAAGAAUAUGUCCAGCGGUGGUAUAUUGCGUCAAUGUUUGCGUCUGGUGUGCACGUGUGCAGUGCGCAAUUGUUUGGAGUGUAAGGAGCGUACACGCUACAAUGUCGGGGCAAUGGCGCGUGAUGUGCCCGGUGCAGCGCAUCUACAGGCGCUUAUACGUGGCGCACAAGCAUCACCCAAGCGUUGUUUUUAUUUUCAGAAUAUUGUUGAGUCAAUAACAGGUCAAUUAUCUCCAGUCAAGGAUCCUGAGAAGCUUCUGCAGGAUAUGGAUGUCAAUCGUUUGCGUGCUGUUAUCUAUCGAGAUGUGGAGGAAACCAAACAAGCGCAGUUCCUUUCACUCGCCAUCGUUUAUUUCAUUUCCGUGCUGAUGGUAUCCAAGUAUCGCGACAUAUUGGAACCGCCAGCGGAGCCACAAAUCCAGCGCCAGUCGCCCGUGAUGCAACGUUCUGCAGCCGAACCCUCAGGUCGCCCGCUUUUCCCUCAGUGGUCACAUCAUGUGUACCCACAAUUCUUGCCCAACAAUUCUCAUCAAAAUCACAUGCCUUCGGCGUCAUCGGCGACAACAUCGAAUAUGCAGCAGCAACAAUCGCAAACAUCGCAUCAGCAUUACUACCAGCAACAACAAAUGGCUUCACCGCCACAUCAACAACAGCUGUCACAGCAGCACAGUUACAGCCAUCACUAUGCAUCUAUGCAACAGCAACAGCAGCAACAACAACAGCAGCAACACCAACACCCAACAUACUACAGUGAACAGCAACAGCUACACAAUCAUGCAAUGAGCGGCGGCAGCAGCAACAGCAGCAGUAAUUACGCUGGCAAUAUAUCACCGCCACUGGCCACACAGUCAACAAGUUCCUCGGCCUCGUCAUCGGCCACCUCACAGCCGGCAUCCUCGUCGUCGCUGUCGAGUUUGGCCUCCCAGCCAGGCGCACGUCAUCACCAGCAACAACAUCAGCACGCACAUCAACACGCUGCCUCACACCAGCACCAGCGGCAUGCACAGAAACAUCACUACCACCACCAGCAGCAACAGCAGCAGCAGCAGCAUCAACAACAACAGCCGCCGCCACAACAAUUUCAACAGCACUAUGGUGGCAUGAUGAAUGGCAUCGCCAAUCAAAUGGUUAAUGGGGGUACUGGAAUGGUUGGUAGCGCCAAGAGCGCACCACAAAAUGCAACAAUGUCCGGCAAUAGCCAUCAGCAACAUUAUGUUGGUAAUGCCGGCGAUAUGAACGGCAGCGUAUACCACCAAUACAUGCGGCCAAGCGGCACGUUGAUGAAUGGUGGCAGUAUCGGUGGUAGUGGCGGCGGUGGUGGCGGCAGUGGCGUUGCACAUCAGAACGGCAUCGCCGUCGAAUAUCACACACAUGCACAUGCCACCGGUGUUGGUGUUGGUGGGGCAGUCAAUGGUGCUGGCAAUAAUAAUAGCCUUGUUCUUAAUAACAACCACAACAACAACAAUUGCAACAGUAAUGGCAUGCGUGGUAAUGCCUUGCGUGAUGCCAGCGUAGGUAGUGGCGGUCAUAUGCUGGGUAGCGUUGGUGUUGGCGUUGGUAUUGGUGUUAGUGUUGGCGUUGGCGUUGGCGUUGGCAGUGUGGGUGUUACAACUGCCGGUGGCAGUGGCGUCGCCAGUGGAACUGCGCAAAUGCCAUACAAGAAUAAUGUCUUAAAUAACAAUUACCGUUAUAAUGGACGCAACAAUAUCGGAACAGGUACAUACUACCUCACAGCUAAACAGUUGAAUAGCCAAGUGCAAGAAGCUUUGGACAUGAUUAGCAAAACCCUUUCACAUAGACUCUGAAGCAUUAUGUAGUUUUUUACUAUGUAUACACAUACA